AUGGCUGGUGGCCGCAAUAGCAAGUCCACGGGCCUUGCCUCUCCGACGCGGACGCUUGUUCUCGACAAUGGCGCGUCUACCAUCAAAGCCGGCUUCGUUUCCGAGGAGUAUACCGACGAGCCCCGAGUGAUACCCAAUUGCAUCGCCAGAGACAGGGCAAGGAAGGUCUAUGUCGCGUCCGAUCUCGACAAGUGCCACGACUUCGGAGAGAUUCAAUUUCGGCGACCCGUUGAAAAGGGCUAUAUUGUCAACUGGGAAGCUCAGAAAGAGAUCUGGGACCACGAGUUUUUCGACGACAAGGCGCCGCAAAAGUGCGACCCUUCCGAGACCAGACUGUUGCUUACGGAACAGCCCAAUUCGCUGCCCAUUUUGCAGGCUAAUUGUGACCAAAUCAUUUUCGAGGAAUAUCAGUUUGCCAGUUAUUUUCGUGGUAUUGGAGCCUCCUUCAACGCGUACCAUGAUAUUCAAGGCAUCCUCCAGACCCCCCGAGACCCGAGUUCGAUGCCCCAGCUUCCAGCCGAGAUCGUGCUUCUGAUUGACUCCGGCUACUCCAAUACUAUCGUCAUGCCUCUUCUCAAUGGCAAGCCCCUGCAUUCCGCUGUUCGCAGGCUUGACGUCGGCGGGAAGCUCAUGACGAACUACUUGACGCGCUUACUUUCCCUGCGAUACUACGACAUGCGUAACGAUACAUACAUUGUCAACGAAAUCAAGGAGCAGGCCAGUUAUGUCUCACUCGACUUCAAUGGCGAUCUCGAGAAAACCUGGAAGGGCACAAGGGGCGAGAAGAGGGAGGCGUAUGUGACGGGAGCCGGCAUCGCUAAAGACUACGUCCUGCCCGACUUUCAUACCAAAACACAGGGCGUCGUUCGAGACUACGACCCUGCUAUGCACACGAAGGCAAGGAAGAUGGCAGCACGCGCCGCUAAUAACGACGAGGAUAAUCUAACCCUCAGAAACGAGCGCUUUUCUGUUCCCGAGCUGCUCUUCCAGCCAUCUGAUAUAGGGCUCCGUCAGCCUGGGCUUGCGGAUGUCAUUAUGCAGUCUCUUUCCGAAUUGCCCAUUGGACUUUGGCCCGGACUCUUGGCUAAUAUUGUGGUUGUUGGCGGCAACGCCUUAUUUCCCGGCUUUAUUCAGCGGCUGGAGAAGGAGCUUGUCAAGAGGGUUCCCGACGCAUGUAUCGUGAGGGUAGCGCAUCCCAUUGAUCCCAUCACGAGCAUCUGGCAGGGCGGUGCUAACCUGGCCAAACAUCCUGACAUUCAAAAGCUGUCUGCCACGAAAGAGCAGUACGAGGAGUACGGCGCCGCAUGGGUCGCUCGCAAGUUCAGCUCUGGAAACACCGGUCACUGA